GCCUUACCCCGCCUCCCCGCUGACAGGCGCGGGUCGCGCGGAGCAAAAGGAGCACCCGGAGGCGAGCGCGCCCGGCAAGCCGAGGCGUGCCCUUUCCGAGGCGGCGAGCAGAGGCGGUCACAGUCCCCGCCGGGUCCCGGGCCCCGCGGCCCAUGCUGGGGGCGGAGCCAGGGCGGAGGGCGGCGGCGCGGCCGGCCCUGCGCGGUGAUUGGCGGGCGGCCGGCGGUGGCUGAGGUCCUGGCGGCCGCGCGGGCAACGCAGGAGAGUCGCGGCUGGCGAGCUGAGAGGAUGCUGCUGUCCCUGGUGCUCCACACGUACUCUAUGCGCUACCUGCUCCCGAGCGUCCUGUUGCUGGGCUCGGCGCCCACCUACAUGCUGGCCUGGACGCUGUGGCGGGUGCUGUCCGCGCUGCUGCCCGCCCGUCUGUACCAGCGCGUGGACGACCGGCUUUACUGCGUCUACCAGAACAUGGUGCUCUUCUUCUUCGAGAACUACACCGGGGUCCAGAUAUUGCUAUAUGGAGAUUUGCCAAAAAAUAAGGAAAAUGUAAUAUAUUUAGCAAAUCAUCAAAGCACAGUUGACUGGAUUGUUGCGGACAUGCUGGCUGCCCGACAGGAUGCUCUUGGACAUGUGCGCUAUGUCCUGAAAGACGGGUUAAAGUGGCUUCCAUUGUAUGGGUUCUACUUUGCUCAGCACGGGGGAAUUUUUGUAAAACGAAGUGCCAAAUUUAAUGAUAAAAAAAUGAGAAGCAAGCUUCAGAGCUACGUGAACGCAGGAACACCAAUGUAUCUUGUGAUUUUCCCAGAGGGAACAAGGUAUAAUGCAACAUAUACAAAACUCCUCUCAGCCAGCCAGGCAUUUGCUGCUCAGCGGGGCCUUGCAGUAUUAAAACACGUGCUGACACCAAGAAUAAAGGCAACUCAUGUUGCUUUUGAUUCUAUGAAGAGUCAUUUAGAUGCAAUUUAUGAUGUCACAGUGGUUUACGAAGGGAAUGAGAAAGGUUCAGGAAAAUAUUCAAAUCCACCAUCCAUGACUGAGUUUCUCUGCAAACAGUGCCCAAGGCUGCACAUUCACUUUGACCGCAUCGACAGAAAAGAAGUCCCAGAGGAGCAAGAACACAUGAAACAGUGGCUUCAUGAGCGCUUUGAGAUAAAAGAUAAGUUGCUCAUAGAAUUCUAUGAUUCACCAGAUCCAGAAAGAAGAAACAAAUUUCCUGGGAAAAGUGUUCAUUCCAGACUAAGUGUCAAGAAGACUUUACCGUCAGUGUUGAUCUUGGGGAGUUUGACUGCGGUCAUGCUCAUGACGGAGUCUGGAAGGAAACUGUAUAUGGGCACCUGGUUGUAUGGAACCCUCCUUGGCUGCCUGUGGUUUGUCAUUAAAGCCUAAGCACGUGGAGGCUGCAGUCACUGUCUCUUACUGAUGGCCACACAUUGCAUCACCCUGUUUCCUGAGUUAGAUACGGAUGACUGAACACUGGAUAAAGUGGCUGACCACAGCCAACAUGCAUCUGACUGGGGCAGCACACAUGGCUUUUCAGGUGCCGGGCUUGCUGGAGACAUGGGAGCCAAGUGGAGUUUAUGCUGGGGCUCUUUUUUUUUUUUUUUUUUUUUUUUUUUUUUUGAUGUUUUCAUGAAUCAAUGUCUACUUGUAAAGAUGAUCGGAUGCUGCCUGUAAUUUCAGAUGGCUGUAUUUUAACAUUAGUUUGCAGUGUGUUUACUAUAUUGGUUAUCUUCCAUUUGACUGCUUGGCAGCUCAGACUCUUAAUACUAAAGUAUUUUAUAUUUUCAAGCUACGUGAUACUGGGUUUUUUGUUAAUAUCUGAAAGUCAAUGAAAGACACUGUAACUAUGCGCUAAGAUGUUCCAAGAAAAAGGUGAGACGUAUUCAUAGCGGAAAAGAUCUGUCUAGUGUAUAUUUUUAUUAUAUUGCUCUAUUUAGCUAAUUUUCUUUAUAUUUGCAAAAUAAUGAACACUUCUAAUAUUUAUUAAAAUGUUUAAUUUGCAUACCCCUAUUCUGCAGAGGAUAACGUGUCAAGUGUCAGAAUAGACUGGAAGCUCUGCGAUGACUCUGUCUCCUUUGGCAGAGCAUUUAGUAGCCCAGCCUCCGAGCGACUCUGUUAGUGCCUCCCAGUACCUGUGCCAUUAAGUACUUAUAAAUGUAAGGGGCCUGUUAUCUUCAUGUCAGAUGGACAUCCACGGAGCUCUAAGGUGAGGGAAGCCUGCCAGCAUCCUAUCUGUCCUAGCACGUGCCUUCUGCCCGGCUCCCUUUGCUUUUGGCACUGCGUUUGGUCUGGAGCGUGGACGCCCAUGGUUGCUCGCUGUCUGGUCCAGCCCUGGCUCUCAGGCUUAGGGUCCUCCAGUGGUGCUGUUCAUUGUCGGGAUGCGGGCAGUGCUGCCGGGCCAGGGGGGGCAUUUCCCUGGCCCCUGGGGGUGAGCCUCCUUGGCUACUGCAGAAGUAUUGUACAUUUGUUUAUGGCAAGAACCAUCAGGAUUGGAUAAAUUUGUUAUUUCUCUUUAAUUUCCAUGGAGCCACACUAUUGGUCCAUGUCCCCUGUGAACAGAGCUACCUUCCAGGACCAAAUCACACUCUAAAGUGUGAUUUGCAAUAUUUCUAUGUUGUAAUUUAAGCGUAAUUGCCUACUAGUCAUUGAAGGUAACAUUUCUGCAAACUUCAUACAGAUUUUUGUCACAAAAUUACUAUACCAAUGAUCUAGUUAAAAUAGACCAAUUGAAUCAUAAUAAAUAAUUUUUUUUUAAAUUGAGGGAAAAUUUGCCUCUUGUUUUUUCAAAACCAGAGAAUGAGCUAUUUCAAACAUCUGUGAAAGAGUCAUGUGCUGUCACUUGUUUUCUAUGUGUUAGUAUGUAUAUUCAUGUACGGAUAUGUGUAUUCACAUGUGAAUACGUGAAUGUAGCAGCCUAAAAACAGACAAGCUUGUGCAUCAUGUUACUAUGCUGAUGGUAAUGGUUUUUACCUGCAAGGGGAGGUUGAGAGUGGUUUCAUGUCUUUGUUAAAUACAUUAUUUUCAGCAGUUCUAUUAGAGCUUACUUUGACCAGAUCAAACUAAGUGCAAGUUCUGAGACUUUGAAUAUGGCUGAGGUCUAGAGGGACAGUUCAGCAGUUAAGAGGACAUGCCACUGUUGCAAGGGCUUCAGUUCCCAGCACCCACAUGGAGGCUCACAGAAGACGAUAAUUCUAGCUCCGUGGAGUUGGACACAUCCUCUAGCCUCCGUGGGAAUCUUACACUCACACACACACACACACACACACACACACACACACACACACAAUCUUUAAAUAUCACGGAUGUUCUGUAUAUUACACUUUAAGAGACAGAACCAUUGGAAUUACAUGGACUGUAGCUGAUUCUUUUCUAACAGGGCACAGUGGUCUGCAUAUGACCUCUUGAAUAUUAGCACUGUGCUUACUCUCUUCACAAGUAGCCUAUCAAAUGUGGUAGCUGGAAAUACAUUGUAUCAGAAUCUUUGAAAAAUUAGGAGCGUCUCCUAAACAUGUUAAUUUUGACUUGACAUUACUAUUUUCUGAAAUUAACUGUCUGUGAUUCCUUCUACAUAGUUUAUGAUUUUAUUUGUGUUAAUCUUGAGUUACAGCUUAGGGACUGCAGUCAUUUUCAUUUGUCAGACUGCUGCCAUCAGUGUGCAUGCUUUUAUGCUCCUCAGAAAGGGCAUUGGGAUGAAAGUGAGAAAACAAAUAAAGUCCUUCUCUCUCA